UUUGGAACACUAAGAAAGCCAAUGCAUGUGGUGCAUGGUGCAUACCUGCAGCUGGCUGGGACUAUGAUUUAGAAAUGCUCGCAUCUUUGUUCUCAUGACACACUUGCACUCAUCCAGUCUCAUAAAAACAGCAAAGAGCGCUGAUUUGUCUUUAACUUUUGCAUCUUCGACGAUUCAAGCUGCAGCAGGUACUUUCUGCUCUUGAGCGGCUGUCCUGCUGUGGAUAGGUGUCGAGGCAGCCAUGUGGAGCAGAGAGAGCGCGCCUCUACUUCCCAUCUGCCUGCUGGCGCUCACAGCUCUGUGGAAAACCAGGUCAGUGAAUGCUGAUGCCACAUCUGAUGCCUUUAAAACAAACAUCACCCUGUUCACACGGAUCCUGGACAGCUUGCUGGAUGGAUAUGACAACCGUCUACGGCCAGGUCUUGGAGACAGGAUAACGGAGGUGAAGACAAACAUCUACGUCACCAGCUUUGGACCAGUUUCAGACACUGACAUGGAGUACACCAUAGACGUUUUCUUCCGGCAAAGCUGGAAGGACGAGAGGUUAAAAUUUAAUGGACCAAUGAAUAUUUUGCCCCUCAACAACCUGAUGGCAAGUAAAAUCUGGACUCCGGACACUUUCUUCCACAAUGGGAAAAAGUCCGUGGCUCAUAACAUGACCAUGCCAAAUAAACUGUUGAGGAUCAAAGAUGAUGGGACACUGCUGUACACCAUGAGGUUAACUGUGCAUGCAGAGUGCCCAAUGCAUCUGGAGGAUUUUCCCAUGGACUUUCAUUCCUGUCCACUAAAAUUUGGCAGCUAUGCCUACACAAUCUCAGAAGUGACUUAUGCUUGGACUCGAAAUGCCUCUGACUCCGUGGUGGUGGAAGGAGAAAGCUCCCGCCUGAACCAGUAUGACCUGCUUGGCCAAACGGUGGGACAGGAAACUAUCAAAUCGAGUACCGGUGAAUACACAGUGAUGACAGCUCAUUUCCAUCUGAAGAGGAAGAUUGGCUACUUUGUCAUCCAGACGUACCUUCCGUGCAUCAUGACAGUCAUUCUUUCCCAAGUGUCUUUCUGGUUGAAUAGAGAAUCAGUGCCGGCUAGGACUGUGUUUGGUGUAACCACUGUUCUCACUAUGACAACACUGAGUAUAAGCGCGAGGAACUCCCUUCCCAAGGUUGCCUACGCCACCGCCAUGGACUGGUUCAUCGCCGUCUGCUACGCCUUCGUCUUCUCCGCUCUGAUUGAGUUCGCCACCGUCAAUUACUUCACAAAGCGCGGCUGGGCUUGGGAUGGGAAGAGCGUUGUGACUGACAAGAAAAAAGAGAGGGCAUCUGUCGCCAAGAAGAACAAUGCCUACGCUGUAGCUGUAGCCAACUACGCGCCUAACAUCACCAAGGACUCCAGCACACUUCCAACUAUCGCCAAAGGUGGCGCUUUGGACCCCAGCAAGCCCAAAGCAGACGGCAAAGCCCCCGACAGCAAGAAGACAUUUAACAGCGUUAGCAAAAUUGACAGGAUGUCGAGGAUCAUGUUUCCGGUUCUCUUUGGCAGCUUUAACCUUGUCUACUGGGCCACCUACUUAAACAGAGAACCCAUAAUAAAGGACAUGGUCCCCUCUACUUAGAGGUAAGUUUUAAUGGGUUCUGGUCUUGGGACAAAGAAACGGACCAAAUACCUCCAGCAACUGUGUACACAUACCUUUGCAGAGUGAAGUCCUGGAUUACAGAGUGAUCCUCUGGGGUCUCCGCCGGUUUUCUACACCAUCUGCAGCACUUUUGAAAAGCCCAGCUUUUGUAAAUGUGUAUGUAUAUUUAUAUUCACGGUUUCAUGGUGACUUAUUACGUGAUUACUAGGGUUGGGCAUUGUUUGGAUUGUAACGAUUCUGAUCCCAAUUCCGAUUCUUCAUUUCAAUUCCUGUUCUUAUCGAUUCUCGAUUCUUUGAGGGGUGGAGUUGAAAUGGCUCACACGCUUAUUUCACACAUUUUUAUUUUUUUUCAAUGGUGGGUUGCAGUUUUACAGGUUUUUUUCAAUGUGAAAUAAAGCCACACUUCUAGCCACUACCUGCGCUCCAUGGUUGCAACACAACAAGCGCCUGACUGCUUACAUAAACCAAAACUUGCACAUAUUAAAAAGAAGCGAUGAUUGGAUUUGAAACCAAAAUCCUCCAAACGAUUCCAAUAAAGAAACGAUUCUACUGGAAUCGUAAUUUUU